AUGAACCAAUUAUCAUCACCAGGAAAACAAGAUCCUAAUGAUUAUUAUAAUAGAGGAGAUAGAUAUAUAAAUUCAUCACCAAUAAUAUCUAAUAAAUAUUCUCAUGAUAUAAAUGAAGAAGAUGAUGAUUCAAAUGAUGGAGAUUCAGAUGAAGAUAUAAUUGAUAAAAUAACUAGGAAUAGACAAGAAAAGGCAAAUUUAAUAUAUAGACCAAUGUCAUCACCAAUACGAGGAGAACAAAGAAGUAGUAAAGGUGGGUUUAAAUCCAAAUCUCUUAGGUCUAAAUAUACUUUAAGAACAAGACAAUAUAUACCAUUUAAACAACGUCAAUUACAAGAAAGAACUAAUAAAAGAGAUGAAUUACAAUUACUUAGGAGAGGUGGGAUGGAUGAAAUGGAGAAAUUUAUUCAAGCUAGAGGAGAACAAGAAGAUUUGAAAAAUUUAAAUGAAGAAUCAAAUAAUCAUAUUUUUGAAUUUGAAGAAUUGAAUGAAAGUAAUGAUACUUUAAAUAAAUAUGAACAAGAAUUAGAGGAUAUGUUACGCAGGGAAGAAGAGGAACUAGAACAAUUAACCAGUAAUCUGACACUGGAUCAACAAUGA